UCAAGGAGCCAAACAUCACUAUCUAAAAUAGAAUAAAAUAAUAAUAAUAGAAGAUGUAUGGUGAGUGUGACUACAUUGAUUCUCAUGAUCGUCACCUACUGCAAGGACCAGUAGUUGAUGGCCCACCUCAAACUACCACAAACUUCCCAAGCCUAGCAGCCAUGGCCAGCAGCAACAACAGCAACAACAACGACAACAACAAUAACAGCAGCAACAACAACAACAGCUUGGAAGACAACCUCAGGCUAUCCAGCUUCUCCCUUGAAGACAUCUCCAGAAUCAACCCCUCCGAGGAAGCUGUUACGAUUGGAAUCGAUCUCCAACAACAACUCGGCUUCGAUCUCGAACAGGAAUACAACAGCCAUCUGAAGCAAGAGAUGCUAGAAGAGUCCCACCCACCGCUCGAUCACCCCAGUUGGGAGUCAGGCCACAUACACGAAAUGCAAGAUACCAGCAUCCACCACCAUCUUCACCAACAGCAGCACCAAUUUCAGCUCCAACAACACGAACAACAAAAUCUCCAACACAUCAGUUCGGCCCCAUUCACAAACUCUCCCUACGGCCCGCCUGAUCUCCUCAACCUCCUACACUUACCGCGGUGCUCGGUCCCACCAGUUCUUCCAACAUCCUCAAUUUCUUUCGAUGGGGGACCUGCCAGAAGAACAACCAAUAACUUCCACACUAGUUUGGGCUUCCUUGGCGAGCUCCCAACAGCCGAUAGCACGACGGCGUCGACUGUGCUGUAUGACCCACCGCUCCAACUGAAUUUCCCACCGCAACCGCCCAUGUUUCAGGACCUCUUCUAUACAUUGCCACAUAGCUAUGAAUUGCCGGGGUCGAUGGGCGGAUCAUACUUCGGUGGAGCAGACGAUAGGGAGGGGAAUGGUGGUGUUUUUCAGGAGGGAGAUGGAAGGCAGUUUGAGACUUCAGUUCUUGAUUUUAGGAGAGAGAUUCCUGGUUUGUGUAAAGGAGAGGUGAGAGGAACCAACACUGAAAAGCAAAGGAGAGAGCAGUCGAAUGAGAAAUACCAGGCAUUGAGAUCUCUUGUUCCAAACCCAACAAAGAAUGAUAGAGCCACAAUUGUCGCUGAUGCGAUCGACUACAUUAAAGAACUUCUACGAACCGUCGAUGAGCUUAAAAUAUUGGUGGAUAAGAAGAGAUGUGGGUGGGAAAGGAGCAAGAAAUGCAAGAUGGAUGAUGAGGCGGCCCCUGCUGACAUGGAGAGCUCAUCAAUGAAGCCUCUGACCAAUCGUGAGCAGUCAUUCAAUGGAUCGCUGAGAAGCUCUUGGCUGCUGAGGAAGUCCAAGGACACCAUUGUCGAUGUCCGCAUCAUUGAUGAUGAGGUGAACAUCAAGCUCACGCAGCGGAAGAAGAUGAAUUGCUUGCUCCUAGUGGGGAAGAUCAUCGACGAGCUCCAGAUGGAGCUGCUUCAGGUGGCCGGCGGCAACAUCGGCGAUUAUUACAUCUUCAUGUUCAAUACAAAGAUAAGUGAAGGAUCUUCUGUGUAUGCAAGUGCAAUAGCCAAGAAGCUGAUUGAUGUUCUUGACAGGCAACAUCCAGCAUUUCCAGCUAGCUUUUAGGGUUUGAGAUGUGAUACUGAAUUGGGUGUAUGUCCUUCUCACUUGAAAGGUGGUGUUACAGGUAUGAUUUGGAAAUGCAAGGAUUUUUCCUUCCCACCUCUUUUAGGUUUCAAUCUGAACUACUACCAUCAUAGCAUUAAUGUCCCCUUAAAUUGAAGUUU